CCAUUCGACCCCCUUUCUCUUCCUCCGCACGCCCUUUCUUCUCUUCUCUAAUCUCUUUCCGGCUUUUUCCUUUCCUUCCUCCGGCGGCCGGCGAGCACGGCGCUGGCAGAGCGGGCGGCGGCGGCGUUCCUCUCUCCAGGAGGCACGAGUUACUCUUUCUCGCCUUCCCCUCUCUUUAUCUCUCUCGCUCCCCAUCUCACGGGCUCGCCUCGGUCCUCUGUGCCCUGUGGCUGCUGCGCUGCCCGCCGCAGUGGCCCAGGCCUGCCAAGGCGUACGGCGGGCCGUCUCCCUCUCCCUUCUUUCGUCUUCUCCCCAUUUAAUUUGUGUCGUGAGCCGAAGGAAGCUGUGGAAAAAGAAGAGGAGGAACCAUGAAUGCCCCGGAUCGUUACGAACGCUUUGUUGUCCCCGAAGGCACGAAGAAGGUAUCCUAUGAGAGAGACACCAAGAUUGUCAAUGCCGCUUCCUUCACCAUUGAGAGGGAAGACCACACCAUUGGCAACAUCCUUAGAAUGCAGUUGCAUAGGGAUCCAAAUGUGCUUUUCGCUGGUUACAAGCUUCCGCAUCCACUGCAAUACAAGAUCGUUGUCAGGAUACACACCACAAGCCAGUCAUCACCAACCCAGGCAUACUCUCAGGCCAUUGAGGAUCUUGACAAGGAGCUGCUUCAUCUGAAGAAAGCGUUUGAGGAUGAAAAGAACAGACUUGAAGGAAAGCCUUACUACUAGCCUGGGCAGCGGUCACUGGUAUUUUUGUGGUCAUGUGGCUUGUUAUGUAGUGUGAAUUAGCUGGUUAUAUUGUAAGCACUGAGCAGGUGCUUUUUGUUCAAUUUCCUUGGACCAGAAGUUAAAAACCUCAACAGAGUCACUUUUGUGUGAUUGUGUCUGAACCUUAAACCAAUAGCCUUUCUGGCCUUUAUGCAUCAGGAUUACAAGCUUCUAACUGCGA